AAUGUAUGGUCCAGCCAUGGGAAGUCACGUUCAGUUGAUUGUGACUCAAACCCAUAACGGUUUGAGUUUGUAGUUUUCCAUUUUUCUUCUUCUGAGGAAACGCUCUGAGUCGUUAGUUGUUUAGGUUUUGUGAAGCUCUGUGUUUAGGGAUUUCUCAAUCACUGUAAGGUGCAAAGCCCCCUGUGGUACGGUUCAACCUGAUCCAUUGUAACAUGAUGGAUCGACCCGACUUUGAGGAGUAUUUAUAUGUUUUAUUGUCUUGUUGUGAAUGAUAAACACUGAGGAAGAGAUAAAAAAACAAAAAGAGUACCUUCCCGGGCUUCUAAGCUCUUAUUUUUCUCCAGCCAAGUAGAAAAGAAAAGAUAUGUCUGCAAGUGCGAUCAUUCCUCUGAUAAUGAAAUUAGGCUCCCUACUAAAUGAUGAAGCCAAUUAUCUUUCACAAGUGAAGCCAGAAGUGGAAUCACUCCACAAUGAACUCAACCUAAUGACUGCCUCUUUGAAGGAUGCUGAUGCAAUACACCACAAAAGCGAGCGGGCGAAGGAGUGGGUGAGACAACUCAGAGAGUUGGCCUUCGAGGUAGAAGAUGCCAUCGACGUCUUUGUAUAUGAAGUGAUGCAGAGAUGGCAAGGCGGUGUGGUUCGAAAGAUCACCAAGUUUCCAAAACUUGUUAUUAAGGCUCACCAGCUAAGAGUGAAGAUCCAAGACAUCAAUGGAAAGAUCAAGAAGCUAAAAGAUGAUAGAACGAAUUAUGAUAUUAAGCCACUAGAGGAGACUCAAACAUCUACUCAGACACAUCAACUUGAAGCUUCUUCAAGUGCCCAAAACUUUCGGCCUAUGGAUGUCGUGGGGUUACAAAGAGAAGUAGAGGAAGUAGCGAAGUUGCUGAUGAAGGAGCCCCUUGGACAGUUUGGUGUUGUCUCAAUUACAGGCAUGGGUGGAUUAGGAAAAACCACCUUGGCUCAAAAAGUCUACAACAGAGAUGAUGUGAAAAAACACUUUGUUUGUCAAGCUUGUGUCCGUAUAUCAAAAGAAUACAGAAUGAAAGAUGUUCUGUACAACAUCAUAAAACAAGUUAUGGUGCUCAGAGAAGAAGAGAAAGAGGCAUUGGCAUCAAAGGAUGUUGAAUUUUUGGUGGAUAGGCUGUCUACUUUUCUCAAAGAGAAGAAGAAUUAUCUAUUCCUAUUGGACGAUGUAUGGACGAAAGAAGCUUGGGAUACACUAAAAGGCAACCUCCCAGCUCCAAGCAACCAUCAACAAUGCAGAGUAUUACUGACAACUCGUGAUGAAGGUGUAGCUCGGCAUGCCGACCCAAUUGCUCCUCCAUACAAUCUUAAACUUUUUGAUGAAAAGAAGAGUUUAAAACUUUUCUCAAAGGUGUUCUUCCAAUUGCCAAAUGAGGCAGAUGCAGAAUCACGUCUCAACCGUCUCAACAAGGAGAUGAAAGAUCUGGCGAUGGAUAUCGUCAAGAAAUGUAAUGGAUUACCACUAGCUAUUGUAGUAUUGGGACGCCUUUUAUCGGAAAAAAGGCUGGCUACUGCUGCUGAAUGGAAGAAAGUGCUUGACAGUGUGAACUGGCAUCUAGACUCGAAAGACUGUCAAGAAGUAUUACGUUUGAGUUAUACCGAAUUACCUCCUCACUUGAAGUCUUGUUUUCUUUAUUUUGGAGUUUUCCCAGAAGAUACUGAGAUUGAGAGUGACAGAUUGAUCCGGCUAUGGGUCGCUGAGGGAUUUCUAGAACGAAGAGGGAGUUUAACAAUGGAAGAUGUGGCUGGAGAGUGCCUUGAGGAGUUGAUGCAGAGGAACUUGAUCCAAGUUGCCAAGUGGAAAUCGAACGGGGUACCUGAAUCGUUUAUUAUUCAUGAUCUCCUCUUGAACUUGGCAAUAUCAGAAGCCAAAGAAGGUAAAUUUCUUAACAUCUCCACUCCUCAGAUGUCCUUGAAUCGUUAUCGUCGUGUAGCCCUCCGUGAUAAGGGUAGUGAAGAUUAUAUGACCGAGGCUUCCCACCAUUCCUCCUCGAGUAGUUCUUCAAAGUCAUUGCUUUGCUACACUGAAAUGCCCCCUUCUCUUUAUGGACAGUUCAAACUACUUAAUGUAUUGGAUCUAGAAGAUGCCCCAGGUAUUAAAAACUUACCCAAGGAAAUAGGAAAGCUCUUUCUCCUCAAGUACUUGAGCCUACGUGGAACCCGCUUGAAAACUCUUCCACCUUGGGUUGGCAACUUGUACAACUUGCAGACUCUCAAUUUGUUUGGUACUAGGAUUGACGAUGAUUUACCCAUUGAAAUAUUAAAGUUGGACAAAUUAAGGCAUCUUCUAUGCUUGAGUAGAAUCCCGAAGUGGAGAUCUGAUGAUUCCAUUACUAAGAGGGCUAUUCGGAUUUGUCGUCCUUCUCCUCCUCCCAGACACCUUGGAGAUAUAAGUCAUCUCCAAACACUAUGGCUUCGAACAGGCGAUUGGAUCGAGGAUGGCCUUGAAAAGUUGAUUGAUCUAAGGAACUUGAGAAUAGAUGGAAAAGAAGGACACAUGGAGAAAUUCAAAGAGAAAUUGUCCCAAGCCCUUGUAAAAUUGGAGCGCCUUGAGGUUCUAUUCUUGAUAGAAUUAGGGGAGGGCGAAAUAGCUUUCCCUUCAUUUUCGAACAAUAAGUAUCUCUAUGAUCUCUACAUUUGCGGACACGUAGGGAAGUUACCUGACUCCCACAACUUCCCACCGAGUCUCACAAGGUUGCGAUUGGCUAGCACACGUCUACAAGAAGACAUGAUACCGAUACUGGAGAAGCUGCCCAAAUUAAGGGAACUCACAUUGGAUAAGCAACCAUACGAUGGAGUAGUAAUGAAAUGCUCUGCAGGAGGGUUUCCUAAACUUGAGGAUUUGACUCUCCAUGAUUUUCACAGCCUAAUGGAUUGGGUAGUGGAGGAAGAAGCAAUGCUUAAUCUGAGGAAAUUAGAAAUUAAUGAGCUUUAUGGGUUAAAAUCCAUCCCCAAUGGGCUGAGUCACAUCACAACACUACAGGAACUUACAUUGGUUAUGCCAAAACAGUUUCUUGAGAGGGUUAAAGAAGGUGGAAAAGAUUGGGAGAAGAUCAAACAUGUACCUUCCAUCAGAACAAGGGAAGAAGAAAUUCCAGAAGAGAUAUUGCAACAGUUUCCUCAAUAUGGACGCCAAUGGGUUGAUGUCUACAAGGGAGAUAAUCCCUCAUGAAGAUUAAAGGAAAAUCGCGUAGAUCCAGCCAACUUUGCAUCUGCACUCUCUCUCUCUCUCUCUCUCUCUCUCUCUCGUUAGAUAUCAAGUUUGAAUUGCUUUCAUGUGCAGACAGUGAUUUCAUUGCUUUGAAGAGAUCAAACCCUUUACAGAUGCAAAAGAAGUGGGUGAUCUGCUUCAACAUGAAGAUACAUAUGGACAUGGGAAUGACUCCAGAUUAUAAUCCCAGAAAUAAACAAGUUAGUUUCUCAAGUUGGGUCUUGUCAGUAUUACCAAAUGGUGUAUGUUUACUAAAGUAAUUAGGGAAUUUUGAUUUCAUGAAUGUAUGUGUCUUAUUUGGAUGUUUUAGGGGGUGUUUGAUUCGGUAAAUCAAAUGGUGUAUGUAUCGGAUAUGAAUGUCAAUCUUUUGAUAGACAUUCUUCUGAAUUA